CAGAUGCAGACAAAAAACUACCAGCAUUGAGAGAUCUGCAACAUCAGCAGCUUAUGCUCUUACAGAGAAGAGGACUUACAAGGCUCAUUGAGGUUCUUACUUCACCAUAUAACCAGCAGCUGAUUUUAUGUGAAUCCUAUGCAGGAUCCAGCUAUUCUCCACAGCACUGCCAUCAGGAGGAGAGGGAGGGAUGGCACAGCCACUGCCACCACAGGAACAAAUAGUCAUGUUCAGAACUGGCAUUCACUGCACUCAUCUGCCACUGCUGAAUGAACUCCUGCAACAAGAACUCCCUUCCAGCAGGGAAGGCAGCUGAGGGCCCUGCCAGCCAUUUAAGCGCACCUUUGCUGUGUCUCAGAGCCCUUGCAGCUGCUCCACCCAGGGGUGAGCAGCCACAACAGCUGCCGCGCUCCACAGGGAGGGCCUCACUACCCGAAGGCGGGAAGGCCGCAUGCGUGCAGCUUGAGGCCUGCUCUCCUGAGGCAGGAGAGCAGGCAGUGCUGGUCACACAUGGCAAAGCACCCCUCCUCCACACCUGGAGGAGAAAAGCUCCUCUAGCUGCUGAGGGCUUCUCCCCACACUGAGUUUCUCCACAGCACCGGAGGAGCUCCGGCUCCAGCAGGCCACCCCCAAGUGGGGCACUCAGCCUCACGGCCUGGCCCAGGCUUGGCCUCCUCCAGCCACCAGCUCCUGCCAGACAGCAGCAAGUCUCCACACAGACCAUCCCAUCCUCACAGCACAGAGUGUCCUUGCAAGAGGGCCUCUGCCCUCAGGAUGGAUCACAAGCUCUUCUCUCCUUCAUACCUUCACAGAAUUACAAGAGCUCCAAGGCACGAGGAUGGCCAGUCCUAAAGGUGCAGGGCUCUUCUGGGAGGUCAUCUGGCUUGCUAUUGCUAUCUACGCUCAUCUCCAGACAAGAGCGGAGCAGUCCCAAGGUGCAUACUUCUUGCCUGAGUUUGCGCUUUCUCCACAGGGGAGUUUUCUUGAGGAUACCACAGGGGAACAGUUCCUCACUUACCGUUACGAUGACCAGACCUCUAGAAUUACCCGUUCUGAUGAAGAUAAGGACGGCUCCUGGGAUGCCUGGGGAGCCUGGAGUGAUUGCUCACGGACCUGUGGUGGGGGAGCCUCCUACUCACUGAGGAGAUGUUUAAAUGGCAGGAACUGUGAAGGUCGGAAUAUUCGAUACAAAACCUGCAGUAGUAAUGACUGCCCUUCAGAUGUUGGUGACUUCCGAGCACAACAAUGUUCAGCCUACAAUGAUGUCAAGUACCAGGGGCAUUUUUAUGAGUGGAUCCCCGUGUAUAAUGACCCCACUGCACCGUGUGCCCUGAAGUGUCAAGCUCUGGGAAAGAACUUGAUUGUGGAGCUUGCCCCAAAAGUACUAGAUGGUACUCGAUGCAAUACAGAAUCACUGGAUAUGUGCAUUAGCGGAAUAUGCCAGGCAGUAGGCUGUGAUCGACAACUUGGGAGCAAUGCCAAGGAAGACAACUGUGGAAUCUGUGCAGGAGAUGGUUCGACAUGCAGGCUUGUGAGGGGACAAGCUAAGGCACAUGUCUCACCAGAAAAAAGGGAAGAAACUGUGAUUGCUGUUCCACAUGGGAGCCGCAGUGUGAGAAUUACACUCAAAGGACCAGCACACCUUGUUAUAGAGUCAAAGACGCUACAAGGAGAGAAGGGAGAACACAGUUUUGAUGAACCUGGAACAUUUGUCAUAGAAAAUACAACUGUUGAAUUUCAGAAGACUACAGACAGGGAAAUCAUAAAGAUCCAAGGACCUCUUGGUGCAGAUUUCAUUAUCAAGACCAGGUACUCUGGAUCGAAAGACAGUGUGGUUCAAUUCUUUUUCUAUCAACCUAUCAGUCAUCAAUGGAGACAAACAGAGUUCUUCCCCUGCACAGUGACAUGUGGAGGAGGUUAUCAGCUUAAUUCUGCUGAAUGUGUGGAUAUUCGUCUGAAGCGUGUUGUUCCUGAUCAUUAUUGUCAUUACUAUCCGGAAAAUAAGAAACCAAAGCCCAAGCUAAAGGAAUGCAACAUGGAUCCCUGUCCUUCUAGUGAUGGAUUUAAAGAAAUCAUGCCGUAUGAUCACUUCCAGCCACUUCCUCGGUGGGAACAUAACCCUUGGACUGCAUGUUCAGUUUCCUGUGGAGGUGGUAUUCAGAGGAGAAGUUUUGUGUGUGUAGAGGAGACCAUACACGGAGAGAUUCUGCAAGUGGAAGAAUGGAAAUGCAUGUAUGCCCCUAAGCCCAAAGUCAUUCAAACCUGCAAUCUGUUUGAUUGUCCAAAAUGGGUGGCAAUGGAAUGGUCUCAGUGCACAGUGACAUGUGGCCGAGGCUUACGUUACCGUGUAGUGCUGUGCAUUGACCACCGUGGGCAGCAUGUUGGUGGCUGUAAUCCACAACUUAAACUACACAUAAAAGAAGAGUGUAUCGUGCCAAUACCGUGUUACAAGCCAAGAGAAAAAAGUCCUGUGGAAGCAAAAUUACCAUGGUUUAAACAGGCACAUGAAAUGGAGGAGACCAGAGCAGUCUCAGAAGAGCCAACGUUUAUUCCUGAACCAUGGUCUCCAUGCAGUGCCACGUGUGGCAAUGGCAUACAGGUACGGGAUGUGAAGUGCCGAAUUCUUCUCUCAUUUACUCAGACUGAGGUGGAACUGCCUGAGGAGGAAUGUGAAGAUGUGAAGCCCCCCACAGAACAAGUGUGUCACGAGGCAUCCUGUGACAGAGAUCCUGUUCCCUACACACCAGAAUUUUCACGUGCUGAAGAUGGCAAUGUGAUUUAUGACUGGGAGUACAUUGGUUUUACUCCUUGUUCAGCCACAUGUCUUGGAGGAACACAAGAAGCCAUUGCAAUGUGUCUGCAUGUAGAGACAAAGCAAGCUGUCAAUGAAACCCUGUGUGACAGUUCCAAAAGACCACCACCGAUGACUCAUGCUUGCAAUCUGAAGCUUUGUCCUCCAAGGUGGCAAACUGGCCCAUGGAGACGGUGCUCAGCGACUUGUGGGGUUGGGAUACAGACAAGAGACGUAUACUGCCAGCAGCCAGGAGGACCUGCUGUUGCUACCGAGGAUUGCAAAGACAAAAAGCCUCAUUCUUUGCAAGCUUGUAACCAGAUUGAUUGUCCCCCUGUUUGGCAUGUUGAGGAAUGGCAGCAGUGUUCCCGUAGCUGUGGAGGAGGGAUUCAGACCCGCAAAGUGUACUGUAAGCAGCUGUUGACAGAUGGAAGUUUCCUGAAACACUCUGAUGACACCUGCCAGGAGCCCAAAUUGCCAACUACUAAAUCAUGUGCAAAAGUGGACUGUCCUCCUCAGCUGGUUGUAGGAGAAUGGUCCAAGUGCUCAGUAAGCUGUGGUGUUGGAAUCCAGAGAAGGAAAAUUGCCUGCCAAAACCGAACAGCAAAGGGCCAAUAUGUUGCAGUAAAUGAAUCAAUGUGUAGUGGUCUGUCUCCUUCACUGCUUGUAAGGUCUUGUCAGAUGAAUGCCUGCAACAAGAUUAAACCAAAGCUUCCAGAAAAAUACUCUACUCAUGGACCUCGGAUUAUCAGUAUUCACCGUGUGUAUAUUCAGACGAGACAAGAGAAGCGCAUUAAUUUUACCAUAGGAAGCCGUGCCUACUUACUUCCAAAAACAUCUGUUGUAAUUAAGUGCCCUGUACGAAGAUUCCAGAAGUCACUUAUACGGUGGGAGAAAGAUGAGCAACACUUAGAAAACUCUAAAAGACUUGGCAUCACUAAGUCAGGGUCACUGAAAAUACAUAGUCUUGAAGCCUCUGAUAUUGGUGUGUACCGGUGUAUUGCAGGCUCAGCGCAUGAAACAUUUGUGCUCAAACUCAUUGGUAAUGACAACAGAUUGAUAGAACCACCAAAUCUUAGAAAACAUGCCAGUGAGACCACUAAUGCAGAUCACAAUGAGGCCAACAGCUUUGGGGCCAAAUGGCAUAAAAUGAGCAAAAUGUGGCAAAUGUGGAGUAAGAAAAAUGAGCUGUAUUUGGGUGAGAGGCAAGUAAACGAUCAGCCAUUUCUGAGAAAUCUCGAAGCCUUUGGGAGUAAUUCAGCAGGAUUAUUUAGCUCUCAUGAAUUCAAGAAUAAACGGCUGGAGGCAGCAGUUCUCCAAGGUGCCUACAGCAUGGACACUGUGCAGUUUGAAGAAUUAAUAAGGAACAUGAGUCAGCUCAUUGAAACUGGAGAAGUCAGUGAUGACUUGGCGUCCCAAGUCAUUUAUCAGUUAAUCGCUGAGUUAUCUAGGCCUCCACAAUCAACCACUGAAAAAUGGAAGGCAGCCCAGGAUGAGAAAUUGGCCUCAAAAUUUACAGGCAAAUCACCAAACGAAUCUGACCGUUUCAGCACAAAAACUGUGGAUAAGUUAAUGUCUGACCAGAAGGUUCCAGUUAUUAUGAGGCAAAAGGAAAUUCCUGGAGUUUCCUUUAACAAAACAGUAACUGUACGAAUUGGAAAUACAGUUUUUCUGACCAAGAAUACUCAAUCUGUCAAUCUGCUGUGUGAAACAGCUGGUAUUAGUGAAGUGAAAUAUACUUGGACAAAAGAUGGUGAGACAUUAAAAUCCUCUGAGAAAGUGAUCCUGGACACCAUUGGAAAAGUGCAGAUUCACAGUCCUACUCAAAAGGAACUUGGCACAUAUGGAUGUCUGGUUGUUAAUGACUUUGGUUUUGAUAUGGAAACAUCUUUACUAUUGCGUGCAGAGGUUCCUGUUAUCUUGUUCUCCUUGUUAAAUGUUACAAAUUUGGAAGCCAGCAGUCUCACUGCAGUUGUUGGAGGUACAAUCGUAGCAAGAAUUGGAGCAAAUAUUACAGUUGAAUGUCCGGUGAAAGGUGUUCCCCAACCAAAUGUGACGUGGUUUACAAAGAAAGGCAUCCUACAAAUUGGUUCUUUCUUGCUUUCGAAUGGCUCUUUAUUUCUGAGCAAUGUUUCCUAUGAAGAUGCAGGAACGUAUACUUGCAGAGCUACUAAUGCUCUUGGAAAAGCUGAGGCUGCAUCUGUUCUCCACUUACGUGAACAAAGAUCUACAGAGAAUAAUACUUCAGUAUCAAAGGGAAGCAGAAAAAAGCGUGUCCUGAUGGCAUCUGGAAUUGGUACAAAUGUUACUGUGGUACCUGGAGAUCCGUUAAGAAUAGGUUGCCCAGUGCUUCCGAGCUCCAGAAACGCUGUUCACUGGCUUUUCAGAGGUAGUCCAAUUGAGGAAGUCAAAACCCUGGAAUACCGAAUCCUGGCUGGGGGUCGUAUCCUGGAGGUGAACACCAACUCGGGUCAAUUUGCUGGACAGUUCCAGUGUUGGACUUCAGCUAGUGCAAAACCAGUGUCAGUUUGGGUAAAUGUCAAGAAGGAAGAUUAUAAAUGGGAAUAUGCUGAGUGGAGCACUUGUUCUGCUAACUGUGGCAAUUCAGGAACCCGCUCCAGAAAACUACAGUGCAUGAAUUCAGAGAAGCAGAAAGUAAAUGAAUCAUUAUGCCAAGAUCUGCAAAAGCCAGCAGUUAUUUACCAAUCAUGCAGCAGAGAUGACUGCCCUGCCAGGUGGGUAACUAGUCGAUGGUCUGAGUGCUCUGCAGCUUGUGGCAGUGGUUUUCGCUAUCGGCAAGUGACUUGUCAACAAGUAAAAGCCAACGGGAGCGUGGUGACAGUGCUAGCAGAUGCUUGUGUGCACCAAGAUCGCCCUAUCGGAAGGAAGCCCUGUACGGGUUAUUCAUGUACAUCAGGGACAACACAGACAAAAGAACGGUGUUCUGGUCCCUGUAUAGGCCGCCCUGUAGCUUCACAGCAUCGCCACUUUAUAUGUCAACUUCAUAAUGGAUCUUUGGUGCCCAGCACUUCUUGUGAUGAAAGAAAGAGAUCUGCUGUCAGAAGAAACUGUUCUUCGGAAGUAUGUGAUGUCUAUUGGCAGACAGGGCCUUGGAGGCCUUGCAGUGUGCAGUGUGGGAGCGGAUUUCAGUCAAGACGAGUGUACUGUGUACACAGAAAGAAUAACAAACUUGUGGCCGAUCAGUUUUGUGGAUGGAAGAAGAGACCAGUGACCUGGCAGCACUGCAGUGCCACAGCCUGCGGCAAAGAUGAAUGCAAGGAUACAACUCACUACUGUACAUUUGCAAAGCAACUAAGGUUGUGCUUGAUAGACGUCUACAAACAAAGAUGUUGUCAGUCAUGUCAAGAAAUGUAACUCUUCUAUGGAAAAUUCGUGAUGCUGCAGUGAAGAGAUGAGAAAAGAGGUUCAUUAAUCUAUCCUGCUCCAACUAUAUACCUGUAAAUAAGACAUUAGUCACAACAGUUAAAUGGAAACUCGGGGCUAAUGAAAAAAACAGUAUUGCAGAUUGAUACGCUGGGCAGGGCACUUUUUCUGGGAACUUUUAUUAUCCACUCUUUGCAAUGGAACUUUUAAUGUUUUAAACAUCUCCAUGUUUGAAUUAAGAAUUUUUUUUUUUGUAGACAAAGUAGAUGCCAGUACAGUUUUCAAAACAGCAAUAGAUCUGUUUUGAAAAAUGAAGUGUCAUUUUCUAUUGUUUCUAUUCUUCUGCUCAGUCACUGAAGUACAAUCCAAGUUGUGGCGUGAUUAGACUUUUCUACUGAUUUCCAAUUGGACACAAGGCUUCCUUGUCAGAGCUGUGAAUUAAACAUUUGUGAGCACUGUUCCCUUUCACAGUCAGAUGGGGGCCAGCAAAUGGCCAAACACCUGUGAUUUUCUGUCUUGGGUAAAUACUUUAUUAACAGCGAAAAAUGUCCAAGGAAGAAUUACUAAUUAUGAAGAUAGAGAAGUGCAAAAAAUCUAUUUUGAGCAGUUUUCCUUCAAGAUGAAUUUUUAUCAUGACCGUUAACCCAGUAAAUCUUUUCAAGUUGAAGAAUUCUGAUUGCGUUAUUUCUGGGUAUAUUUCCUGUAUUGCAGAUUGUCUCAUUUGGGCAGUAAGCACAGAGAAGCCCGCAGAAGGCAGCAGAUAGCUUUUUGUUGUGUAGCUUCCACACUACUGCACUUCUUGGAAGCCUGAAUGUGAGUCUUGACUUGGAUCUUUUGUUACAUUACUGAACUACGCUACAUUUUAAUUAGUGCGUGUGCUGUCAGAACAGUUUUGGAAGCAGCAUUCCUGCACUAUGGGUUUGCAUCACUGAAAAUUAGAUUAGCACUACUGUAUAGAAAAUGUUUAAUGUGGACUAUUGUGUCCGAGGCUGACUGCAAGGAGAGGAUAUUCCUGAUCAUUACCUUUUUAAUCAGCGAUGGGUCUUGAUUGUUGAGGCAGUUUUUUAAAUUAAAAAACAAAAACAAAAACAAAAACAUUUUGUAAUAUACUUUUGUAGAUAUUUAUUGUCUGAUUUAAAAGUGCAAUAUUUUGUUUUGUACAGUGUUUAAUAAAGAUGUUUGGACAUAUAUUUUUUCUUAUUACCAAAAUUUCUUAUUCAUAUUUUUCCUUUAUAUUUAAAGUUUUCAGAUGUUAACACAUAGCAUUCUUUGGUUGCUUUAAUUUUGUCUUUGGUUACAUAUGCAUGCUAUACAGAAGCAGUGCUGUAAAUGUUUGUUAUUGCACUUGGCAUGACAUUCCUUUGUAGAUUAUUUUAUUGCUUCUGCAGUAACUGACGGUGUCUAAUACUUUGCCUUCUUGAGCGUAGUUUUGAUAUUUCUGAAAUAAACUCUACUUUGAUUAUUCAA